UAGACGCACCCCAUUGGGAAAUCAAACAUGGCGGUUUAAUGCUCAGUUUUUUGUAGGAUCCUUCCCAGUAUGCAUUGCGUGAUGAAUGGAAGUCCGAAAUAUGUGAUGCAUCUAUUAAAAACCUAAUAGAACAAGCGCUUUCUAAUAGUGGCCUAACACUGGUGUCCUGUAACAGAAUGCACUUUAGAUGAUACAAAUCCACAUUAAUACUGAAUUCACAUUCACUGCACACUUACACCAAGUAUUCUUUAUGUGGACUACAUCCCAUUCACCUCAGUAUUCACUGAUUCACCAGCUCUAAUCUGGGUGAGAAAAACAAUAUGACAUUUAUACUUGACAUAACAGAGGACAAAAGAAAAAAGUGCAGUUAGUGUGUGAAAUACAGAAGUUGGAGUUAGUCAUAAGAGGAAGCCACUGAAAACUCACACAAUUUAGAGCUUGACUGUCUACUCUGUUGUAGGUCUGCUGUUAAGAAGAGCACUAAUAGCUCAGAUCUUACUAAUAGCUUUUAUUUUUAUUGCAAAUUCUGAAGCUGUAAGGAACAUGCUCAUUCUAUUUAUACAACUUUUACUGCUGUGUUCAGGUGCUGAUUGUUGUCAACUAAGUGAUCUGUUCAUUACAACUCCACGUCAAAUGGAGGCUCUGAGUGGCUCUUGUUUACAGAUCCCAUGCACCUAUACUGCUCCAUUCAAAUACAUAAAGAAAGCAUUCCCUGCCACUGGCAUGUGGUUUAAACAGAAUUAUGUGUAUGGUACAAGUUCAGCGUUUUCAGUCAGUGGAAACCCCAAUAUGUCUUAUCCUAUGAAUUUCACUGGGGAUCUGAAAAACAAAGAUUGCAAUACAAUGUUUUAUAAUUUAAGCCAAAGCCAUGAAGACAUAUAUUACUUUGGAUUAGUAACAGAAUUCUUUACAAACAUAGCUGUUUUUAACCAUCUUCAAAUAACAGUCAGAGACUUUCCCAGGAGCCCCACAAUCGAAGUCUCUGGUAAUCAGACAGAGACAGAGGUGCUGACUAUAACCUGCUCGGCUGUCACUCCCUGUCCACUCGCCCCUCCUCUCCUCACAUGGGACCCCCACCAAGACACUGCCCACAUCACAGAAACCAACGCAGACCGGACCCUUACCACUAAAAUCACACAGAACAUCAGUGUGACAGACGCCCAUGAUGGACUUGUGAUAAAGUGUAACGCGUCGUAUCCUGUGAGGCGAGGAUUCAAAAUGUCCAGCAGUAAUGUCACCCUCAGUGUCUCAUAUGGCCCAAAAGACACCUCUGUUGCGGUCAGUCCGUCCGGUCCACUGUCAGCAGGUGAGUCAGUGGCGCUGAGCUGCUCCAGCAGAGCCAAACCUCCUGUCCACCUCUUCACCUGGUUCAGACACAGUCCAAAGGGAGCAGCCCGAGUGAGCCAGGGACACACGUACAGCUUCAACUUCACUCAAGACGGACAGUACUAUUGUGUGGCCUCAAAUACACUGGGAAACGAAACAUCUGCGGUCAUUACACUGAGUAAAACAGAACCUGGUGUUGUGAGUUGGAUUGGCCCCUACAACGUCGUGAAGCUCUGUGGAAUUAUACUGCUCUACGGCUCCCUGGUCCUUUUUGAAUGCUGGUUUAGAACAACUUAUGCAAAGAAACAGGAACAGAGACCAGAUGCAAAUGUCCGCAGUGCCAUUCCAAGUCAAUCUUAA